AUGGCCUCCCGCAACCGCGAGUCGUAUCCCUCACGCUCGGUCUACUCUUCGGCGGACGCCUACCGCGCUCUGCCCUCCGCGCCCUCUCCCUCCACCGCCCACGCCCACGCCCAGAGCUCCUCCCCCACCAGCAGCGACGAGGACGCCCUCCUGCCCGCGCCGCCCUCUCCGCCCAUGCACGCCGCCCUCGCCACCGCCUUUGUCCGCACCCGCGCUCGCUCUCGCAGAGACUCUGGUGCUCCUGCCGCCGCGCCCUCUGUGCCCGCUCAGCGAGACAUCGACGAAGAGCCUGCCCCUCCCCGGCCCCUCUCCAAGGACGUGAGCCACCCGCUCUCACCACCCAGGCCGCCCUUCGUCGCAGACGGGGACCGUCGCUCCUCCGGCACCUCCUCCGCGGACACCCUGGACCUCGAACCCGCGAGCGACUCGGACGCCUCCGCCUCCGCCGGCCCCGCAGCACGCGGCACCCAGCCCCCGCCCGUAGCUGCCCCAGUGGCCUCCCCACCAGGCGCUGGCCCCGUCCCCCGCGCCGUGCGCGCCCGCAAUCACCACCGCCGCCGCUCCUCCAUGGCGAACGAGUACUCGUACGCCGCGCCCGCCCCCGCCUCGGAGGAGUCCGCCAGCUCGCCCUCCUCCUCGCAGCCCCACGGCGCCCCCGCCGACACGCCCCCCGGCUCCGUCUACAGCCCCCCCGGCGCCCACCGCGCCCCGCCCAGUGCGUACCCCUUCCCCUUCCAGAGCCACCCCGGCAACCCCGACCCGGGCACCCCCAUUCCCGGCCGCAGGAGCCUCGAGUCCCUCCGCCGCUCCGCCUCCUUCGGCAGCGCCGCCAUAUCUCCUCCGUUUGCCGUCGGCACGUCCUACCCCCAGGGCUACGCCCAGCUGCCCCCAAUUGGCGCGAGCACGAGCGACCUCGGGGAGCUCGGCCGCCCGUAUGCGCCCUUCAUGGAGGGCAACGCCAGGAGCGCGACCCCGCCGAGCCCCAUCGCCAGCCAGAGCCAGCUCUACCGCGCGAGCGCCGCAGCCGCCGCUGCCGGCGCCGGGUCCGCGGGUCUCUACUCCGAUCCGAACGCGCGCGCGAUGCGCCCCAACUUCCUCUCGCCGGCCUCGCGCCCGGGCUCCUCGCUGUGGUCCCCGCCGUCGUACCCGUCUAUCCCGUACGCGUACCCGCCCUCGGGCUCGUACACCGCCCUGCCCGGCGCGCGCACCGGCACCCACACCCCGACCGGCGGCUCGACGUACGGCGGCUACGGCUCCGGCUCCGGCUCCGCCUCGGGGUACCCGGAGCUGCACGCGGCGCUGCGCAAGGCGAAGAAGCCGAUGCGCUCGCACGCGCUGGCCGCGAAGCUGACCGCGGAGGAGAAGCCGUGGCUCAAGGAGCGCGACCGCGCGGGGCGCGCGGCGUGGUGGAUGACGUUUUGCAUGAUGUGGCUCGGCGUCGCGGGCGCGGCGGUGUUCAUCUACUUUGGGUACACGGACGUGAUGCUCCUCCCCGACUCGGAGCUGUGCCCCGUCUGGAGCGACGAGUUUGACAGUCUGGAUUUGACGAAUACGUGGACCGCGGACGUGGAGCUUGGCGGGUUCGGGAACGGCGAGUUCCAGAUGACGACGACGGACUCGAAGAACCUGUACGUGAACAACGGGGAGCUGUACAUCAUGCCGACGCUCACCUCGGACGAGAUCGGCGAGGGCUCCGUGCUCGACGGGUACACGUACCCGCUCCAGGGCUGCACCACCGACAACGCCACUGCGUGCUCGGCGACGUCCUCGAACUCGUCCGGGACGGUGGUGAACCCGGUGCAGUCCGCGCGGAUCAGCACGAUCAACAGCCACAGCAUCCGCUACGGGCGCGUCGAGGUCAGCGCGAAGCUCCCCGCGGGCGACUGGCUCUGGCCCGCCAUCUGGAUGAUGCCCGUGCAGAGCGUGUACGGCCCGUGGCCGCUCAGCGGCGAGAUCGACAUCAUGGAGGCGCGCGGGAACGGGCUGGCGUACACCGCGCAGGGCUCGAACUACGUGCGCUCGACGCUCAACUACGGGCCGCUCCCGGGGCUGCUCACGACGAUCUUCGGGUGGUGGACGCAGAAGCGGGCGAGCUUCGGCGCGGCGUUCCACGUGUACACGCUCGAGUGGACGCCGGACUUUAUGCGCUUCUCGGUGGACACGCGCCUGCGCGCGAUGAUCGCGCUCAACACGGGCGGGCGCGGCGGGAAGAGCUUCUGGGCGCGCGGGGCGUACCCCGCCACGGCGCACAACGGCUCGGACACGCUCGUGGCGGUGCCGGACCCGUGGGGCAGCAGCGGCGGCGCGAGCGCGCCGUUUGACCAGAACUUUUAUGUGAUACUGGAUCUGGCGGUGGGCGGGACGAGCGGGUGGUUUCCGGAUAACGUGGGCGGGAAGCCGUGGUACGACGGGAGCGCGGAGGCGAUGCGCGAGUUUGCGCUCGCGCAGGGCGAGUGGGCCGCGACGUGGCCGGCGAGCGCGGACGAUCGCGCGUUUAGAGUGGACUAUGUGAGGAUGUGGCAGUGGAAGCCUGAGGGGUGCUGA